UUUCAUUAAUUACACACAUUCUCUUAUUGAACAUAUUUGCUUUUCGUGCUAUACAAAAUGAAACUUUCUUUAAUAUUAUUUGCCUUAAUGGCUUUGAUAGUAUCUGUAGUUUUAGCUUUGCCAACUCCUGAGAGAGUGGAAAUAGCUCGUGAAAUUAAACUUAAGCGUGAUCCAAACGAUUAUGUUAAGAAAAUUUCCCGAAGAAAAGCGACAAAACCUCAUGAAUUAACUCAGAAGGAAAUUGAACAAUGGGAAAAAUAUUGGUCAAAAACUGUUGGGGCAGGAAAAAUAAGAAAAUAAUAAAAAUACCAUUGUCGUUCAACACAUCUAAAUCAUUAUUUAAAUUAAAAUUGCGUUCUAUAUCAGAAAAUUAUAUUUUUUGGAUUUAGAAUCUUUCCCUUUGCUCCAAAACAUCAAUUUUGACUCAUUUCGAUGACAAUAAUUUUUUUUACAUUAUAUAAUAAUUUUAUUAUAAUGUUUAAAUUUAUUUUCAUUCAUUACCUAUAAUUAAUUAAAUAAUUAUUAUUCAGGUUAUUUAACAUACAUACAUCCUAUAUCAUCGAUCCCUCAUAUAGAAAAUCUCACAUAAUAUAUAUAGUAGUAAUAAUUAAUUUAAUUUAUAAACGCAAAUAAACCAGUUUUGCGGCUUAAUAAAAGAGGCUUAGU